AUUUUUAUGUUUAUUUUUCAUUUUCAUUUUCAUUUUAUUUUUAUUUUUAUUAUAUAUAUUAAUUUAUUGUUUUAUUUUAUUUAUUUUGUAUUCAUUUAUAUUUUCAUUUAUUUUGUUUUUAUUUUGUUCCCUCUUUUGUUAUGUGUGGUUUUGUGUAAAUACAUAUUUGACAUGUACUGUAUACCAAUAUAUGAGGGGGCGACUUGUCCAGGGUAUACCCCGCCUUCCGCCCAAUUGUAGCUGAGAUAGGCUCCAGCGCCCCCCGCGACCCCGAAGGGAAUAAGAGGUAGAAAAUGGAUGGAUGGAUGGAUGUAUACCAAUAUAGUUGGUAACCUAAGUACUCACCCUGAGGAUACAAACACUCCAGUACAGUAGGUGGCGGUAUGCAUCUAUAAUUUGGGACCCGCCAUAAAAUGAAGAAGAAGAAGGAGAAGACGAAGGAAGAUGGUGUUUGAUAGAGAAGGCUUAAAAUGGGCAUUAUAGUUCUGUAUUUUUAAUCAGUACAUAAAUGUGCACAUAUACGUCGUUUACUAGAGUAAACAUCUUCAAUGAUUGUUUGUAUCCGGAUACAUUAGUCUGAGCGUCUUUGACGCUUCUCGUGCUUGCUAGUUAACCUAAGCUAGCUGUUAGCCAUCUUAGUUUGCUAGCUUAGUUUGUUAGCUGCUAACAAAGAUGCGACAUAUUCGUACAAGGAUGCGCGGAUUAAGAACACAGAACUAGUUAUCAACACAUCGCUAAGCAGAGAUCAAGUGUGAGUGUAAAGUGUUGUGAUUGUGUGAAAAUGUGCGAAAGAACGAUAACAGAGUACGAGGAGGAACUUUGUCCAACAAAAGAGGAGAAGGAGCGACAACAUCAACUACUGGACGCUGUUUUCAAGAAACCUCGAGUUGUGUUACACAAAACAGACGUCUGUGAAGAACAUCUUCUCCCUGAGCAACAGGAGUGGAGCUUCAGGAUGGUGACGGAGGAGCCACAGCCCUCCCACAUUAAGAAGGAAGAGGAGUACCCACUGACCCCCAAUUUUAAAGAGGACAAGGAGGACCCACGGACCCCUUACAUCAAAGAGGAGGAGGAGGACCCACGGACCCCUUACAUCGAAGAGGAGGACGCACUGACACCCCAUUUUAAAGAGGAAGAGGAGGACCCACUGACCCCUCACAUUAAAGAGGAAGAGGAGGAACACAGCAUCGGUCAGGAAAGAGAGCAUCUUGAAGGACUGGGGGAGGUUAAUGUCACCAAGAUGCCAGUGACUGGUGUGAUUGUGAAGAGUGAAGAUGAUGAAGUCAAAGGUGAAAGUGAGGAGAAGAGAGAGGCGGAGCCUCCAAGCAGCAGCUCAACUCAACACAUGACAACAGAAGCUGAUGGAGACCACUGUGGAGGAUCACAAGCAGACAAGAUCUUAGCUCCAAUAUCAGAUAGUGACGACACAACGUCUCACUCUCCUGACACUGAUGAUGAAGACUCUGAAGAUGAUAAGACAUGUCACACUGACAACACACACUUUACAUGUUCUCACUGUGACAAAACUUUUAAACGCUCUAGUUGUCUUAAAAUACACGUGAGAACACACACCGGAGAAAAACCUUUUUCCUGCUCAGUCUGCGGUAAAGGUUUUACUCAAAAGCAUCAUUUGAAAAGACACAUGGGAAUAUACACUGUAGAAAAACAUGUUUCCUGCUCUGAGUGUGGUAAAGGUUUUACACACAGUAAUGGUUUGAAAGAGCACAUGACAAUACACACUGGAGAAAAACCGUUUUCCUGCUCUGAAUGUGGUAGAGAUUUUAGACAAAAACAAGUCCUGAAAGUUCACAUGAGAAUACACACUAGAUAAAACCCCUUUAUCUGUCCAGUCUGUUGUAAAGGUUUUGGAUGAAGUCUUUUUGAAAAGACACCUGAGGAAACAGGAGCGAGUGUUUAGUUGCAGUGUGUGAACUGUCAAAACUUGAAUAUUGACUUUCUAACAACUUAAGCACAUAUAACAUGUGUGACAUCAUUGUUGUGUGUGUAAAACAAUCUUGUUCAUAUGAUUCUACCAUUUAUAAAUGACAUAUUUUAGAUUAGUGUUUUUUUGGUCUAGUACAAGCAUUAUGUAAUAUUGUAUGCUUUUAUUUGCUAAAUAGAACAAUUUGACUGAAAACUUAAGAGUAAACAGUACAAAACAUAUCUUACAUACAAUAGUUUGUUUAUAUCGAAAUUCCUAAUUUUAAACUUUGGUUUUAUACAGGUCUUUGAAAUAAUAGUGUUACAUAGUUUUAAUUUCUAAUUGUAAAUGAUUCCAUAGGAAAUAAUUUAAAUGGUAUACAUAUUAGUUUUACAUGUGUUCAUACUUUAGCUUUUGAGUACACAUAAAUCCCUCUUAGUUCAUAUUUACUGGUUCACAUCUGAAACAUCUUCUGGACAACUUCUGGAAGCAUAUUAUUAUUUACUUUAUACAUCAUUUGAGCAGUUGUGUUUUAUACAAGAUCAUUUACUUUUGAAAUGUGUGACUUUAUGAAUCAUUUGUUGGGUCUUGAUAAUCCAUUCUAUUAUUUAUCUUUAUUAAUCGCUUUUGUAAUAUGAAUAUUGUUUUGUGAUUGUUUUAUAUGUAUGUCCCCAGACCUUUAUGCAAUAAACAAUGUAUGCUUCAACAAAAGCUGGGAACAAUAAAUGUUAAUAUUUGUGAGUAUGUAUUUUAUUCUAUUUAUAUAUACAAAACCAGUGAAGUUGUGCA